AAAAAACUACAAGCACCGAAAGGACUUGCGCCCAACACGAUUCCCCCUCCCCUCUCUCAGACAGAGUGGUGUUUUUGUUGUUGGUGAAAGGUGAGGGGAACAGCUGAUCUUCUGGUGGGGACAGAGAUAUCUGAGCAGGCACCAUGGAGGAGUCAUUGCUAAGCCGAGCCCCACCCCGGGGUGGGGUCACUUUUCUGAACGUGGCCAGGACCUAUAUCCCCAACACCAAGGUGGAAUGUCACUACACCCUCCCCCCAGGCACUGUGGCCAAUGCCAGUGACUGGAUUGGCAUCUUCAAGACAGAGGCCUCCUCAGUCCGAGAUUAUCACACCUUUGUCUGGUGUGUGGUGCCUGAAGGAGCAGCAGAGGGCUCUGCUGUCCACUCCAGCGUCCAGUUCCAAGCCAGCUACCUGCCCAAGCCAGGCGCGCAGUUCUACCAGUUCCGCUACGUGAACCGCCAAGGCCGAGUGUGUGGCCAGAGCUCCUCGUUCCAGUUCCGGGAACCCCGGCCCAUGGACGAGCUGGUGAUGCUGGAGGAGCCCGAGAGCGGCUCCGACAUCCUGCUCGUCGUCCCCAAGGCUACCGUGCUGCAGAAUCAACUGGAAGAAAGCCAGCAGGAGCGCAACGACCUGAUGAGACUGAAGCUGCAGCUGGAGGGGGAGGUUAGCGAGCUCAAGAGCAGGGUCCAGGAGCUGCAGGCCACCGUCCAGCUCACCAAGGCGGAGCAGGCCAAGCUGAUGGAGCAGUACAAGGGACUGUCACGUGCUCAUGGGGAGCUUCAAGAAGAGCGGGAUGUCCUAAGCAGACAACAAGGAGACCAUGUUGCCCGGAUCCUGGAGCUGGAGGACGACAUCCAUACCAUCAGUGACAAGGUGCUGGAGAAGGAGGUGGAGCUGGACAGGGUCAAGGACAGUGUGAAGGCCUUGACUCGAGAGCAGGAGCAGCUUCUGGGGCAGCUGAAGGAAGAGCAGGCGGACAAGGAGCAGAGCCAGGCUGAGCUACAGGCCUCACAACGGGAAUGCUGUCGCCUGAGUACGGAGCUGCAGAAAGCCAAAAGCCACCAGGGGCAGCAGGCCUCCCAGCUGCAGAGACUGCAGGACGAGGUGACCCGCAUCCAGAGUUUGCUGGACGAGGCUCAGCGGCGGCUCGCUGAGCUGGAACCCCUGAGAGAGCAGCUUCGGGGGACCCAGGAGCUCGCCGUCUCAAGCCAGCAGAAGGCCGCCCUGCUGGGGGAGGAGCUGGCCAGUGCGGCCAGCGCCAGGGACCGCACCGUGGCCGAGCUCCACCGGAGUCGGCUCGAGGUGGCCAACACCAACAACAGGCUGGUGGAGCUCAGUCUGCACUGGAGGGAGGACAAGAGCGCCUGGAGCAAAGAGCGGGCGGGGCUCCUGCAGAGCAUGGAGGCAGAGAAGGACAAGAUCCUGAAGCUGAGCGCCGAGGUGCUGAGGCUGGAGAAGGCCGUGCAGGAGGAGAGGCUGCACAGCCAAGGGCUCAAGGCCGACCUGGCUCGGGAGAAGGACUCCAGUGUGGUGCAGCUGUCAGAGAGCAAGAGGGAACUGACGGAGCUCCGGGCCGCCCUGCGCGUGUUCCAGAAGGAAAAGCAGCAGCUGCAGGAGGAGAAGCAGGAACUGCUGGAGUACAUGAGGAAGCUGGAGGCCCGCCUGGAGAAAGUGGCCGACGAGAAGUGGAGCGAGGACGCUGCCACCGAGGAUGAAGAGGCCACCCCUGGCUGUCCCGCUGCAGUCCUGACAGACUCCGAGGACGAGUCCCCGGAAGACAUGAGGCUCCCCUCCUACGGCCCCUGUGAGCGAGGGGGCCCCGGCUCCGACCCCGCGGGACCCCGGGAUGCCCCUGCCCGUGUGGUCAUCAGCCAGCCAUGCCCCAUCGCCGCUCACCUGACGGGGCCCCCCGAUGACAGCAGCUCGGACUCGGAGGCCGAGGAUGAGAAGGCGGUGCUGAUGGCGGCCGUGCAGAACGGAGGGGAGGAGGCCAGCCUGCUGCUUCCUGAGCUGGGCAGCACCUUCUAUGACGUGGCCAGCACCCUCUUCCGCGGAGCCCAAACCGCCCUGCACCCCCUCUCUCCUGCCCUCCCCCCUCCCCUCGCUGGCAGGAUCCGGGAGGAAGGGCUGGGCCAGCCAGACUAAACCGCCUCCCCACCACUCUGCCUCCCCUAGUGGCUUUGUCGGGGGCCCCCUCCCCGAGGCCGGCCCCGCCGCCCCCGCCUGGAAGGAGUGUCCCAUCUGUAAGGAGCAGUUCCCCGAGAGCGACAAGGACGCGCUGGAGGAGCACGUGGACGGACACUUCUUCUUCAGCACCCAGGACCCUUUCACGUUUGAGUGACGCGCACGCACGCACGCACACACACACGCAGGCACGCACGUUUGUGGCAGGCGAGCAGGCCCCCCAGGGCCCGGGAGGCAGCCCCGUCCCGGCCGGCCGCGUGAGAGAAGAGCGGGAAGGGGCCUCCGGGCAGGGCCUGCCCAGAGGAGCUGAUGCGCUCCCAGCACCCACCUCUGCCCUGCCAGUGCCCCAGAGCUGGCUCCCCCCCCCCCCCAAGGUUUCUGUCUGUCCUUGUCUGGGUUUGCAUGGAAGCCAGCAGGCCUCACGACUCCUUCCGGACCCCCAGCCCGGGUUUCUUCUCUUUCUGCCCCCUCCCCCGUUGCCCUUUAGAUGUUGAGCUCUGUGGUAAAGAGGCCCCCCUCGGCCCUGGCAGCCCUCCUACCCCAGAGGGAAAAGAAAACUCAUUUGUGCCUUUUGUGGUGGGGGGAGAGGGGACAGCGGAGCCACAUCUCCUGCCCCUGGCCUGCCCUCGUCCCCCGACAGCAAUAAGACGAGGCUUCCCUAACUUCCGCCACCCCCACUCACUCCCCAACCCCACCGAGCUGUGUGUAGCAUGGGCAGAUAUUUAUAUGACGUGGAUCCUAACUAUUCUAAUAAAACCUGUUCUUACCUAA